AUGAGCAACGGAGAGUGCGUUGGCGUGCGGUUGGAGACCAACAUGGGCACCUUUGACAUUGAGCUGUACUGGAAGGAGGCGGCGAGGACGUGUGGCAACUUUGCACAACUUGCCGGUAGCGGGUACUACGAUGGCAUCAUUUUCCAUCGCAUCAUUGAUGGCUUUAUGGCGCAGUCUGGUGAUCCCACAGGGACAGGGAGUGGCGGUGAGAGUGUGUACGGCAAGAGGUUUGAGGAUGAGAUCCACGAGAGCCUCCAACACACCGGCGCCGGCAUUGUCUCCAUGGCCAAUUCAGGGCCAAACACAAACGGAUCGCAGUUCUUCAUCACCCUUGCACCGGCUCGAGCGGCAUGGGCGUGGUGA